CAAAGACGACGUACGAAAAGAUAGAGAGCAAAGAGAUGCAAUGACACGCAAAACGACAAGAAUGUAUCUCCAGAGAUCUUCUUUUGACCACAAAAUCUGCCCCCACACCGAACGCAAAAGAUGAUGACACGAAAAGGAAACGUUGCUGCCAUCUUGGCGGCUCUCUUGUCGACGACGGCAUCCGUCUCGGCUUUCACAGCGAUUGCCCCUCCCGCCGAGGCUGUGGUGGUUCCAGCGCAAGCACAAGUGCCAUCCAGUGUUAUCUCCUCGAGCUCCAACCUUCCCUCCCAACAAGAACUUCUCAGCAAGUCGUUUGCUUCGACCAUCAAUGUUGCCGCUGCCACUGCCGCUGCCCCCGCUCCUGUUGCUGCCAACACUGGAUCUGUCGUGACCAUUUCCAAAAUCAAUUACAACGGAGAAGUGCCAACCUCCGAAGCCGACGAAUAUGUGGUCCUAACCAAUAAUUCCAAAAAUGCUGUGGAUAUCGCUGGUUACUACGUUUAUGUCGCCACUACAGGCACUCAAGGACCAACUUAUACAUUCCCCAGGGACUCGGUCCUCAAGCCGGGUCAGUCCAUCAGAAUUUAUACCAACGAAGUUCACAAGGAAACUGGAGGAUACAGCUUUGGAUCUGGAAAGGCCAUUUGGAACAACAAAGGUGGAUUGGCUGUGUUGAAGAAUGGAAGUGGUACCAAGCUGGCAGAAUUCAAGUACAAGGCCAGUUAAAAGCAAGGAAAGGCCCGUAUGUCAUCGAAUUGUCAUGAUGUAGGGAGACGAGACGCGAUUCGAUUCGAUUCCCGCCACAUAUCAAGUAAGUUUGUUCUAUGAAAUCAAGUAGAAUGGACGCCGUCCAUGUUGCUAAUGCUAAGCUAGCUAGCCAGAAAAGCAC